GGUUAGUUUGCCUCACACGCUUCUUGUAAUAGUCUCCUGCGAACUGCAUUCGCUCUGCGUGUGUUUGUAUGUGUAUGUGUAUGUAUGUGUGUGUAUGUGUGUGCGCUCAGCACUGACAUUCCCUGAUGCCAGACAGCAGCAGUGCAAGCGAGACAGCCUCCCAUAGCAACCACGUGCAGCCACCUUUCUGAGGCAAAGGCUUCUGCAUCAGUCAGUAUUUGCCCAUGUUGCCACUGAGCAGUUGCCCCAGAGCUUCAUGCAGUGACCGACACGGAUGUCCAACUCGCUGAGACAAGUUUUGCUUAACUGGCAGCAGAUCUCUGCUCACUGGCUGGGAAGAGGCUGAUGCCCAGGUUAUUGCGGCGCUGCUGCACCGAGUGACGAUUUCCCGGCUGCCCUUUGUGGGGAGCGCAGUGUGACUGGACUGUGCCACUAGAGCCUCAUCCCGUAGGGGAAAAUGUACUUGCUGGAGGGAGCGUUACUUGUACUUUACUACACAGUGUGGGUGCAGCCGGGUGCAGCUUAUGAGUCGGGACAGGGCUAUUACGACGAUCCGGAAUUUGGUGACACACAGGAUCAACCAGGAAAAGAACUGGAAGAGCAGCUGAGGUCAGUGUCCAGUGUGGAUGAACUGAUGACUCUCCUCUACCCCGAAUCCUGGAAAAUGUUUAAGUGCCAGCUACGACAAGGAGGCACCACCGGAUUUGACACCAGGAGGGAUGACAGUUUUAAAUUUGCAGCUGCUCAUUAUAAUUACAACGCUGACAUCUGGAAAAGUAUUGAAAAUGAGUGGCGAAAAACCCAGUGCAUGCCCCGAGAAGUAUGUGUGGACGUAGGAAAAGAAUUUGGAGCACCAACAAACACCUUCUUUAAACCCCCAUGUGUAUCCGUCUACAGAUGUGGGGGCUGCUGUAACAGUGAAGGGAUGCACUGUAUGAACACCAGCUCGACUUUUAUCAGCAAAACUCUGUUUGAGAUUACAGUCCCGCUAUCUCAAGGACCAGUAAAACCAGUCACAAUUAGUUUUGCAAACCAUACAUCCUGCCGGUGCAUGUCUAAGCUGGAUGUUUACAGACAAGUUCACUCCAUUAUUAGACGAUCCUUGCCAGCCACCCAGUUGCAGUAUGGGACCCAUUAUCCAGAAUGCUUGGGACCUGGGGUUUUCCGGAUAACGUAAUUCUCCGGAUCGUCAUACCUCAUCAAAGGGCAAAUUUUGUGAAUGUUAAUUUUUUUAAACGAUAAUAAAUUUGAUUUUACUAA